GGGAGUGGGCGCUCGCGAUUCCAGGUGGCCGCUGGGACAGGAUUCCCCCCAAAUGGCGGAUUUCGUCGUGCAGCGGCACAGCGCCGUGAUGGAGCGCCUCCGCCGGCGGAUUGAGCUGUGCCGGCGGCACCACGGCUCCUGCGAGUCCCGCUACGACGCCGUGUCCGGAGAGCGGCUGGAGAGAGAGCGGCAGCACACCUUCCAGCUCCACCAGCGCUGCCUGCAGGCCAAGGCCAAGCGAGCCGGCAAGCACCGGCAGCCGCCACCGGCAGACACGGGGCCCGGCAGGGGGAGCCAGGCCGGCACCGGCAGCAUGGACAGUGCGGACACCGGGGCCACAGCCGGCAACGGGGAGCAGUGCAGGAACAGCACCCUGAUCGCGGUAAGACCACCGACCCUGUAUAGCGCACUGCAUGGCAGGUGUGGGGGGCGGGAGAGACCCCCAACGGGACCGGGGAGGGGAGGGGGCCACUCACACCGGGAGCAAGGGGGAUAACAAACUUAUCCAGAGUUAGAGGGGCAGGAGCCAAACUUUGGGCCACACAUUGUAACAUCAGAGAUUAACUGGCUAACAAUUGGCCCCACAUUGUAAGAGCCAGGGGCCACAAGCACCGAGUCACUCAUAGGAGAGGAUUGAAACUCUCUCAGAGUUCGAGAAUCAGGGGCAACACUUAGAACCCCUCCUCCAGAGUGACAUGUGUACCAUUAAAACAGAACUACCACAUCUCACUUGCUUUUAGAAGCUGUGAGGUUUACAUCUUAAUAAUGAAGCCAUCGAUAAUAGCGUUGAGUUUGAGAGGCAGGGACCAAAACUCGUUGAGUAAUAAUCUCCAACUUGAUCCUUAGAAUAAUAACCCAACAGGUGACUCAAACUUAACAUAAUUUUAGGAGCUACACAUGCCCCAGCUCUUUUAACAACAGUCUGCCAUUUAGUGCUGUGAGGGGAUUGUCAAACCUCUUAAGACUUGUGUGGGUGUACCUUCCAUGGUUCAAAAUGGUAACUUGCUAGUUUAAAAUUGUAUAUAAGGCUACUAGGUAGUAUUAAAAACAAAGUUGAAGUUCCUACAGUAAAAGAUUUAGGAUAAAAGUAAGACAUCCUGAAAUCCAUAAAUCACGUUGUGAUCAACAUCCCUUGUAGUAUGUACUUUGGUGCAGGAGAAUAUUGUACACUUUUAAAACAAUGCUGUUUUGGAAAGUAAACUGCUGAAUAAUAAACUGUUACGGUGGUUGAGGAUAAAUCCGGUAUUUGUGAUGGGAAUGGGAUGUACCUGAAGCAUUUCAUUGAUCAGAGCAGCACAGUAGCUUCUCAUAGCCUUCUCUGUUGGAUAAGGAGUUAUGCUGAACUUUAUCAAUUGUAAGAGUAGUGGAAGGCUGAAAAAACUACAACUGAAGUGGUCCAGCACAAAUUUCAUGAAAGUGCUAAGCCUGCUUGGCAUAAACCUAUGUAAUACGUUAUUAUGGAAAAUGGGCACAUUUCACACUAGACAUUAGGUUCUCUGUUUUAUGUUUUAAUUCAAGUUGAAGUCUUAAAUACUAUCCUUACCUUUUUGUGUCAUUUUACCUCACUUCCUCUAGCAUGUAAGCUCAUUGAGCAGGGCCCCCAACCCGUCUGGUUACAACUACCUGUCUGUUCGUCCACCCAUUGUAAAGCGCUGCGGUAUUUGAUGGCAAUUGAUAUAAAUAACAAUAAUAAUAAUAAUACAUGUUAUUCCAAAGAAAGUACUGUUUGUAUUAAAGUUCUUGGUACACAUGACCAUACAGUGACCCUUGUCAAAAGAAGUGAUUUUUCUAUUUUUUUGGGGGGAAAUGUUUAAAUUGUUUUUAAACAAAUUUAAUUUUUUUUUUUUUUUAAAUGUGGGCAUGUAUAGAAUGGCGCAUGUAUAGUCACGGUGACGUGACAUGUAACUUGUGUCCUGUUUCAGAGCUUCUACAAGAAGUCUGCUCUUUUGAGGCAAUUAUGUUAAUUUGUUCUUAGUUUUAAAGGAGCGUUGCAGGCUGAAAUUGAAAAAAUAAAGCUUUAAAAUAUAUUCAGAUUUAGACAUUUCUACAUUUGCAGUUAAUUCACAGACUCUAGAUUUCUGGCUGUUGGCACUGCCCACACAAGUGUUUAGCCAAUCAGGAAGUUUCUGUGACUUUUUAAGGUGCUUACAUUUUGGGCAGAGCAAGUGUUUCUGAAAUUUGUAGUUCAGCGAUAGAUUUCACAAGUUUGAAAAAAGUUGUUCAACUGAACUUACAACUACCACGGAACCUUUGCAAUGCUUCCUGAUAUUAACACGUGUGAUUGGUGAAUCAAUGCAGUUGAAACUGUGCCAUAACCUAUACAAGGUAUAGUAACCAGCAAGAAGGAAAUAUAUUAGCAUAGUGAAGGUGGGACAGAGACGAGAGAGCUAAUAUUGAAAAUGUUAUUUUUGUAAAUAUUCAGUAACAUUGAACAUGGGUUAAAUAACUCACUGUGCUCAGAAUUUGGUGUAAUAUGCAUGUUGAGGAUAUAGCCACAUAACAUGCUUGAGACCUAUAAAAAAUAAAAUACUAUAUAAAAUAAAUAACUUAUUUGGCUAUAGUCCAAUGGACAGUAAUAUGUGCUCAUUGUUCCUCCAGGACGCGUUUCGCCAAUAGGUUUCCUCAGCUGGAAAAAUUCUGUCAUAGUGGGUUUUUUUGGGGGUUUUUUUUUUUUUUUUUAUACCCUAUGUUAAUAUAUUUUUAUAAAUUAUAAUUUUUACUUACGGCAUUUAUCCUUACCUGCUUUAAUAAAGAAGAAAUGUGGUCCUUAACCACAUACACCUAAUGAAGUGAGCCGACCUACUGGCUCUGGGUUUGACAUAACCCCUGGAGAAAUUUGGAUCCAAAGGAGGGUGAGGGUCGCCUCAACGGACCCUAAGGCGCAUAUACCUGAGCUAGUGUUAAAGUGUGUUAGCAAUUUACAUACCUACUUUUAUUAUAUAUUUAUAUACAGGUUUUGUAUAUUUGUGUUUUCUUAUUUAAGGUUUAUCCGAAAGUAUUGGUACUAUAUAUGUAUACACGACCCCUUAAGGUAUAUCAAGUUUUAAAUUAUACACCAACAUAUCCACUAUUAUUAAUUAGAGCGCUACACCUGAAACUCCUUCUCUCCACAUAUUUUGUUGUAAAUGGACACAGGGCAAAUAUCUGUUAAAUGGCAUUCUCUUUAUUUAUUUUUAUGUAUUAACCUUGUUACAAUCCCCGGCUGUCAAUCAGACAACUGGUCCUGUUAAUUCCUGGUUUGGUUAGCUCAGUGGAGCUAAACUCAAGAGGCAGAAAAUUGUCCAGAGCACCUGCUUUGCAAAGACCUCUCAUUGAGCUGCAUUGGAAUGUCUGUGGUUGGACAGCCGUUAAAAGGGGAGGGCUUGUGAAGGCUUCAGGGAAGAGAGAACCUUUGCAAGAUCUUUCUAGAAAUACCCCCAAUGAAGAAAUGCACAAUUAAAUGCAUGCCUAUUUUCAUUGAGGGUAUAUCUACUAAAGUGUUUUCUUUGGUCAGUGGAAUGUCCCUUUAAAAUGGUACACCCUAUUACCCCACCUCCUUUCGUCCUGGAAGCAUGACUAGGCCUCAAUUUGUUUGUGUGCUAAUGCUCCUCUGUGAUAAAUGUGCAGGAGUAGACAUAUUUUAUUGAGUGGCUGUCAGCUGUAAAGUUGUGAGGUUUGUUUGCAUUGUGCUGGCACAGCCAAAGCUUGGCAGGCAAGCAGAGGUCUGUCUGCACUGCAUCGUUAGCAGUCUUUUCGAAUAACUAUGAAUGUGUAACCCAUCUCAGCAGUAUCCUGUGAAGUUAACAAUCGUGUCUGGGAUGGCAUCUGUAAGUUAUGCAGUGAUGUCUCAUUUUCCUCUAGUUUGUAAAUUUACUCAAUGUUUUUGCUUUUUUGAAACAUUUUUUUAUGGCAGCUGAUGUUUAUGAUUGUCACAUUAUAGGAUUUAUGUAAACCCUUGUCCUUGGUAGCUUAAACUUGACUGUAAUAUUUUGUCACACUUUGGCUUUUCUCAUUGUGGAUUUUAUUUUUGUAUAAAUAUUUUUUAUAUUUCUCUAUUUUUGAGCAUCAGAGCUCACAUUUACAUCUGCAGAGGAAGUGCUUUUCCUUUUUUUUAAAUUUUUUUUUAUUUUUUGUUUUUUUUAAUGCUCCUUUUGUACUUACAUGGAAACGUUCUUUUGGAAUCUAAUGGUUGAAUGUUCGUUACUGUAUUUUAUGAUGAGCAAAUUAACCCAUGCUAAGCUGACGAGGGAAUAUUGUUUUGUGGUUUUUUUUUUCUUUUUUUUUUUCUCUUCUCUCUUUAUUAAUUUGCUCAAGGGUGAUAUUGAUGACUCAGUGGCUCUGUGGUAGUGCGUGGAAACUCCCAUUUUAGUCACUGGAAGUUUCUUUGUAGUCUAGAUGCUGUCACAAUUUAUUAGUUUGCAUUUAUGUAUGUGUUUUGUCUCUUUGACAUUUGGGGGGUGGGGGUUGGGCAACCAACAAGAUGCAAGUUCUGGGUACAAAGCAGUUUUGAUUUUGAGUAGGUAUUUUGUGAUCUGACUUUUGAAACCGCAUUUCUGUUUUGUACAGUUAUCACAUUGAACAAAUCGUGUCUUCGUGUGUGCUCUUCUCAUCCUUCACUUAAGAGUUAAACACAGUAAAAAUCUAAACAAGAGUAGCACUGCUGCUUGUCAGAUGUACAUGUCCAAGGGUUUUAAGUAUCCCUGCUGUGGUUUGGAUAGGUUGCUGUUCACCUGUGUGAGAGAACACUUUGUACUCAAAGAGUGAAACUAUUGCCAGUGAUUGCUUCUUUUAACUAUGUCACAAACCAGAGAAUGCUCUAUUACAGACUGCUGCGUUGUGCAAUUCUGAGAUAAUACAAGAUCCAAUGAUAUUGACUUUCAGAGAUUGCAUGUGCUUAAUGUGGUCCACAGGAUGGAUCCAUUGACCGCGUCUGAUCCUCAGAGUGCAGCAAUUUGAGUGGCACAUAGCUACUCUGAUUUUGUACAUUACACUCUGUGGUUGGCAGAGGUUUUAUAGUAAUGUGUGUGUGUGUAUAUUAUUUUUUUUCUGCAAACAAGUUAUUCAUAGGAAAUUUAUGUGUAUGUAUAUGUGAUAUUCUGGCACUCUACCCCCCCCCAAAAAAAGCAAAAUCAGUUGCCUUAAUUGACCAAGGUGCUAUCUCAGCACUGAAUAUAGAAACCAAAAGUAGAAAUGAGAGCACUCACUGGUUUUUGUGAAAGAAUCAAAAAUUUGUAUUAAAUGUGUGGGAAAAAUCAACGUUUCCACUAAUCUAUGGUCUUUAUCAAGAUAUGAGAGGGAAUAAUUUCAUGGGUAGACUGGAAAAAUUUCUAAGACUGUACAGAUAAAAAUUUCAGUUUGUGUGAUACCUCACACAUAAAUAUUUUUAUUGCAGAAAUAAUACCAAGUGGCUGGAAAGAUUUAGAAGAAUUGUCUACUAAGCUAACCGUGGUAGUGCCUAUGGCAUUUGCAUUCCCAAUCCCUUGUUCUAUUCUGUUCAUUUGAUUUGUGGUUAUUAACACUGAAUUGCUGACCUGAAGCAGACUAUUUCAGUAAAAUGUUAAACAAUGCAUGUUUUCUGUUUGCGUUAAAGGAAUAUGCAAAGCACCAGAACUACAGCCCUCCCUCCUUCCCCCCUCCCCCCCAUUGUAUGCAGGCAAAAAGUUUGACAAUUCAACUUCUUUUAAUGAAGAGCCGAUGCUCCUAAGUGGUUCUUGGCUCUGCAGUCCAGAACUUAGGUAGUUUCUUGAUCUCUGAAGUAGUGACGAUAAGGGACUAGCACACAUAGGACCCCAAGUAAAAAGUCAAGCUGUUCUGAAGCAGUUUGAUUUUGAUUCCUUACAAUUGAUGGCCAGCACUAGAGCACUCCUGGCAUAACUCCAUAACAUACAGUAUGAGUGUUUCAUGGUCUUCAUGAUCUGAAUGCAUUGGUUCAAAUGUCUGGAAAUAUGCUGUGUGCUUGCUCCAUGAAAGUGUGCACAUGACUUGAUUUUAUUUAAAACAAAAUUCUCUUUCCAGUUUAGUCCUGUAACAUCUUUGUGGAAUGAUGACAAAGAAAACCGCCGCUUUGCUUUUGAGCUGAAAAGAUUUCACAGGUGUGAGUUAUUUAAAAAACAAACCACACAAUUUACCUUGAUUUAAGUAGGAGUAUCAUAGAGACUUUAAAGCUUCCCAUAUUUUGAGCCAGGAAUAACUGGGUUCUAUAUGGUAAGUCACUUAAAAGAUGCUCUUGUGGCGUGUCUGGCAUUGCAUAUCUUCAUUAUACUGUAAAGAGCUUUUCAUUCCUUUAUGGUUUUAUGCUGUUUUGAUCUUUUUCUAACUUAUGUCGUGGGGUUAUUUCUGUGGCAAGACAGAAUGAAUGUGUGUGUGUGUGUGUGUGUGUGUGCGCGCGCGCUUAUUUUUUGGGAAUGUAUUAUUUCCACAAAAAACGAAAGCAAGCAUGUGCUAGAAAGCAUGUCAACGUUCGGGGGAAUUCCCCCAAAUAUUAGACCAGUUCACUAGCCCUUGGAAUUCAGCGAAUCUAUGCUUGGGGAAAAUUCCCCAAACAUAGAUUAGCAAACUUGUGUCUAGCAACAUGGGCUUAUUUUUGGGGUAGGGCUUAUAUCACAAGCAUCCCCCGAAAAGAAGCUAGGGCAUAUUUUUUGGGGGGAAAUGGUAAUAAAUUUGGCAAUUGCAUUUUAAUAUUCUUUCUACACAUUUUUCUAGCAAGUGCAUAAAUAUGAAAUGAAUAACAAUUAUUCAAAUUAUAUUUAUAUAAUUUCCCAAGUGUAAUGGAGGCUCUGUUCACAUUGGGAAAAGUAUUGUAUGUAGUACUGGAGACCGUAUCUCCAGAAGGAUAUUGAUACCAUAGAGAGAGUUCAGAGAAGUGCUACUAAACUGGUUCAUGGAUUGCAGGAUAAAACGUACAAGGAAAGGUUAAAGGAUCUUAACAUGCAUAGCUUGGUGGAAAGACGAGACAGGGGGGUAUGAUGGACACAUUUAAAUACAUAAAGGGAAUUGACACAGUAAAGGAUGAGACUAUAUAUUUAAAAGAAAAACUUCCACAACAAGAGGACAUAGGCUUAAAUUAGAGGGGCAAGGGUUUAAAAAUAUCAGGAAGUAUUACUUUAGUGAGAGGGUAGUGGAUGCAUGGAAUAGCCUUCCAGCUGAAGUGGUAGAGGUUAACACAGUAAAGGAGUUUAAGCAUGCGUGGGAUAGGCAUAAGGCUAUCCUAACUAUAAGAUCAGGCCAGGGACUAAUGAAAGUAUUUAGAAAAUUGGUCAGACUAGAUGGCCUGAAUGGUUAUCUGCGGUCACAUUCUAUGUUUCUAUGUAUAAUGUUGUCUUGGGGGGGCAGAUUGUUUUUGCCUACCAAUUCAUUUACUGAUAUGUAAGCCAGUGAAAUGAGAUCAUGACAGCAUGCACAGCUUUUUACAAUUUGUCACUUAAAGGGAUUCUAUAGUUUAAGGAAUACAAUUUUUUUUUUUUUUAAAGCCCUCUGGUCAUCCCCCCAGCUUAAAUGGUUUAAAAAAAAAAUAAAAAAUGUACUAGUGUAACAGAUUCCAGCGCCGAUGUCUCAUUGUGCUGGGUUGGCGCUCUUCGGUGUGCUGCGAGCACAUUAGGCCAUCCCCAUUGGAAAGCAUUGCUUCAAUGCCUUCCUUAGGGAAAUCUGACUCUCGGUGACUUCAUGAGGAUGUCCAUCAUUGUUAGGUGACCAAAAGUCAGACACCAGGAAGUACCUCUAGUGGUUGUCUGACAGCCACUAGAGGCUGUCUUAGUACAGCAAUGUAAUCAUUGCAGUUUCUCAAAUACUGCAAUGAUUUACAUUGCAGCCUAAGUGGGAGUGGCACACUGCACCUAGACCACUUCAAUGGGAUGAUAGAUAGAUCUAUAUCUAGAUCUAUCUCUAGAUAUACCUAUCACACACAAAAAUAAAAAAAUCUUGCACUCCACCAAAACAACUAUAAUGCCCAGUGCUAGUACAGCCAAAAAUGAAUGCAAACGGAUAGCACUCCAGGGACUUAAAUUAAGAAUUACUUUUAUUACCUUAAAUAAGUCAAUGUUUCAGCUUGAUUCCCUCAAAAAAAAAAAAAAAAUACACCCACACACACCCAUUUUCCACUGUCAAGACAACAUAAAUAGAUAUCCUAAAGAGUUAUUUUUACCUGGGACUAAACCACUCUAGAGGAAGAAACAUCAUUCCCAAACUUCAGGAAUUCAUCACAUAACAAAUGAUGAAAAACACAGAAUCCCAAAAUUCUGCCCUUAGUGCUGUGACUAACUUAUCCUUUUGUAGUUUAGGCUGUACAUUACCUGUAUAGAACACUUAACAGCUUCUCCACCAUUUGUCUAAUUUAAAAAAAAAAAAAACCUACCACAUGUCAUCACUGGGAUAAGGGAUAGGCUUCUAAAGUUGCUUUGUGUCCUUAUUUCAACCCCUCACAGCACUAGGCACCAGCCCAGUGUACAUUCCAGAGCUCCUUGUAAUCAUUAAUUCUCCACUGUAGAGCUUUUCCUGUUAAAGGUACAGUUGCUUGUAGUUCAUCAUCACUUGCUCUUGUAAGCCUAACUUUUGUCACGAUUGUGUGUUUUGGUUACCCACUUUACAGCACUGCGUAAUAUCUUUGUAUGUUACUUCUGCAUUAUUAAUGCCAACAUUUUAUAUAAUACCAACUUAUUCUGCAACACUUUAGAGUUUAAAAAAAGAGGGAGGGGGGGGGGUGGGGGUGGAUUUAGCAACAUGUGACAAAUUUACUGAUGUUGACAGGGAAAAGUUUCAUGAUGUUGCUUGAAUGAGCUUUCAAUUAUGAAUUUUGUUUAACACUCACACUUAUGGAUUUUAUUAUUUCUAUUAUUUCAAUGGUUUUGUUGAUUUGUAAGCUAAUUAAUUAUCACAUUUUCUGUACAGCAAGCAUGAGGCCUAGUUACCAGUCACCAUGAUUAUGAACAUGAUGCAGAAACCAAAAACAGAGCAAUUGGAACCACAACAAAAUAAAAAUAUUGUACUCAACCCAGAUUGGUUAUCAGGUUACAUUAUGCAAUCAGUUGUUGGAUUAUCAACAUGGUAGUCCCCAUAGUAAAACAUUUUAAAAUAGGGGGUUUAAAAAAAAAAAAAAAAAAAAAAAAUAUUCCUGUAUGACCUAAUUAAGCAAAUUUACAUAAGACCAGUUCUGGAAAAUAAAUCCUAGUGUUUCUAUGUCUUUAGAAUAUUCAAAACAUUCCAUCCUGACAGUGAUAGUUUUUAUUAUACAGGGAGUGCAGAAUUAUUAGGCAAGUUGUAUUUUUGAGGAUUACUUUUAUUAUUGAACAACCAUGUUCUCAAUGAACCCAAAAAACUCAUUAAUAUCAAAGCUGAAUAUUUUUGGAAGUAGUUUUUAGUUUGUUUUUAGUUAUAGCUAUGUUAGGGGGAUAUCUGUGUGUGCAGGUGACUAUUACUGUGCAUAAUUAUUAGGCAACUUAACAAAAAACAAAUAUAUACCCAUUUCAAUUAUUUAUUAUUACCAGUGAAACCAAUAUAACAUCUCAACAUUCACAAAUAUACAUUUCUGACAUUCAAAAACAAAACAAAAACAAAUCAGUGACCAAUAUAGCCACCUUUCUUUGCAAGGACACUCAAAAGCCUGCCAUCCAUGGAUUCUGUCAGUGUUUUGAUCUGUUCACCAUCAACAUUGCGUGCAGCAGCAACCACAGCCUCCCAGACACUGUUCAGAGAGGUGUACUGUUUUCCCUCCUUGUAAAUCUCACAUUUGAUGAUGGACCACAGGUUCUCAAUGGGGUUCAGAUCAGGUGAACAAGGAGGCCAUGUCAUUAGAUUUUCUUAUUUUAUACCCUUUCUUGCCAGCCACGCUGUGGAGUACUUGGACGCAUGUGAUGGAGCAUUGUCCUGCAUGAAAAUCAUGUUUUUCUUGAAGGAUGCAGACUUCUUCCUGUACCACUGCUUGAAGAAGGUGUCUUCCAGGAACUGGCAGUAGGACUGGGAGUUGAGCUUGACUCCAUCCUCAACCCGAAAAGGCCCCACAAGCUCAUCUUUGAUGAUACCAGCCCAAACCAGUACUCCACCUCCACCUUGCUGGCGUCUGAGUCGGACUGGAGCUCUCUGCCCUUUACCAAUCCAGCCACGGGCCCAUCCAUCUGGCCCAUCAAGACUCACUCUCAUUUCAUCAGUCCAUAAAACCUUAGAAAAAUCAGUCUUGAGAUAUUUCUUAGCCCAGUCUUGACAUUUUCAGCUUGUGUGUCUUGUUCAGUGGUGGUCGUCUUUCAGCCUUUCUUACCUUGGCCAUGUCUCUGAGUAUUGCACACCUUGUGCUUUUGGGCACUCCAGUGAUGUUGCAGCUCUGAAAUAUGGCCAAACUGGUGGCAAGUGGCAUCGUGGCAGCUGCACGCUUGACUUUUCUCAGUUCAUGGGCAGUUAUUUUGCGCCUUGGUUUUUCCACACGCUUCUUGCGACCCUGUUGACUAUUUUGAAUGAAACGCUUGAUUGUUCGAUGAUCACGCUUCAGAAGCUUUGCAAUUUUAAGAGUGCUGCAUCCCUCUGCAAGAUAUCUCACUAUUUUUGACUUUUCUGAGCCUGUCACGUCCUUCUUUUGACCCAUUUUGCCAAAGGAAAGGAAGUUGCCUAAUAAUUAUGCACACCUGAUAUAGGGUGUUGAUGUCAUUAGACCACACCCCUUCUCAUUACAGAGAUGCACAUCACCUAAUAUGCUUAAUUGGUAGUAGGCUUUCGAGCCUAUACAGCUUGGAGUAAGACAACAUGCAUAAAGAGGAUGAUGUGGUCAAAAUACUCAUUUGCCUAAUAAUUCUGCACUCCCUGUAGUUAAUCAGGGGAUAUCCAUAUGGAUCUGUUGUAGUAAAAUAAACUUUCAGACUGCAGCUAGGACAAUUUGUCUGAAAAAGUGUUUUAGAUUAAGAGAAUAAAUCCUAUUGUACAGGGCAUCCUUGGGGGACAGGAUAAACCUGUGAUUGUUAAAGGAAAAUUAAGUUGCACACUUUCUGACAGAGUGGCUUGAGUGUUCAAUAGGACUAAACAUUAUCCUCCUCCGCUCUUGAUGCAAUUGCUAGAAGCUAAAAAGUUGUUUAUUAAUGGGACAUUCUAAGCACCAUACCAACUUUAUCACAAUUAUAGUGCAAGGCAGUUUAAACAUUUAACAGACAAUUAGCCCCAACGUCUUGAAGCUGGUGUCCAAUCAUUCUGCCUCUAUACUUUUCUUCCAAAUCUAACAUUUCAGUCAGGAAGGCUUGGACUGGGUGCCACUGAUAGGCUGAAAGUUAGUUGAGAUUCUCAGUAUAUCAGUAGUUAACCAUUGAAAAAUUAGUGUGAAAAAAGGGUGUUUUCUUUUACACUAAUAUUUCUCAUUGGGAAGCUACUGAUACUGAUCAGGUUUGGGAUUAUAGGCUUUUGGCCCAGAAUAUCCCUUUUUAAUUGGAGAAUUACAUAAUAUACUGUCAGGGCAAGGACCUCUGAAUAUAGAUUAAUCGUAAUAGCUGUAUAUAAAGUCGUAACGAUACUAAUAUGUGAUUGCAUGUAUUCGUCAUAAACAUGUCAAACUAUUGGACCAACUUUAAAAAGAUGUGCUAUCAAUAUAUAACCAAUUUCAGUGUGUGUGUGUGGACUGUGUGUGUGGACUGUGUGUGUGGACUGUGUGUGUGGACUGUGUGUGUGGACUGUGUGGGUGAGGGGGGACUGUGUGGGUGAGGGGGGACUGUGUGACUGUGUGUGUGUGGACUGUGUGGGGGGAGGACUGUGUGUGUGGGGGGAGGACUGUGUGUGUGGGGGAUGACUGUGUGUGUGUGGGCUGGGGGGUGUGUGUGUGCUGUGUGUGUGUGAGGGACACUGUAGUCAACAGAAAAAUUACAGGUUAAUGUAGCUUUUCUGGUGUCCAUAGCCUGUCCCUACAGGCAUUUUCAUGUAAACAAUGUAUUUUCAGAGAAAAGACAGUGUUUACAUUACUGCCUAGGGAUACAUCCAGUGGCAGUCACUCUGGCUAAACUUCCCCAUAGAGAUUCAUUGAUUCAGAUGCUGAUUGGCCAGUGCGUUUGGCUCUGCCUUGUCUCCCGGGCUGAGAUCAGAAUUGACAGUCUCAUCCAAUUGGCUGAGCUUGUCAAUUCUGAUGAUCUUAGUGAAGGAGGCUGAUCUGGGGUGGGGCCAGUGCUGGCAGACCUACACGUAAGGGGGUGCUGGCCACUUUUUAUUUUUUAUUUUUUUUACACCAUAGGUCAGGAAUACAAAUCUGUAUUCCUGACCUUUUAGUGUUCCUUUAAUUUCCUUUUUAAAGCCUUGUUAUACGCGAGUACAGGGCUUUCCAGUGCCAUUUCUAAGACGCGCCAUCAGCCCAGGAUUUAGGCAUUUGCCAGUUCCAAUGGAGGUUCACAUAAAACCAGUACAGUUGCUGUGGCCUGGGCACAGCAACAGGAGUGUUAGUACAUUGAUGUUAAGACAAAAUGUAGAUGCACAGUAUUAGUCAUGUUUGUUGGGAUGCUGUUAUUGAAUCUGUAUAAUAGGAACUCUUUAUGCACCAUAAGCACUAGAGCUGCCUGUAGUGGUUAUUGUACAAAGAGCACUCUGUUUUUAAGAAUGGUACAGGGAGAGCAGCUGAUACUCUGUCAAUAAGCUGUCCACACACUGUUGGACUUAGCUCAGUGGCGCUAAUGAACUUCUGUCUCGAACCUAUAGGAAGCAGCAGCGGUUGAAUGGCGAACUCCAGAUACAUUGUCAAAUCGUUCUUAAACAGGUUGACUACUUAUACUUGGUGAGUGCCAGGGCACUUCUAAUACUUUAACCUACACAGCAGGCUAUAGUGUUAUGUUGCUUGGAGCGUUCCUUUUAAUAGACUGCACUUGACAAGCUUACCACAUAAGUUUAAAAUAUAAAUGUCCAGGUGAUACCCAAGAAAAAAGUUCAGGCUUUGCACAAAUAUAUAGAUGAGUAAUAAUCAGUGAACUUCUUGCAGGCUGUGCCCAGUCAUGUGUAUUCUGGCUAUAUUUAGCUUUAUAGUAUGGUUUUAUAAGCUGUAAUGUUUCUUUUAAGUUGAGCUCUGCCUCUCAACAAGCUCUACUGAACAGGACUGCCGUGAUUUACUUCCUGUUAGCUUUUGAGCUGGAGUAAUGAACUGUACAAGUGUUUGCCCUACCUGUACCCUCAUAUAAUUCUUUAUGCUUGAGGGAAGGAGUGCUUAUCUAAUAGCUAAGUUUUUAUGUAUUUAACAGCCUAACUGGUACCUUUUGGUUUUCUUUUGGGGAAUGCAAAAAUAAAGCUUUAUGACAUGCUUCUUCUUUAUAUAUUACAUCAUAUAAAAUAGCCUAGCCUUGCAUACUAUUGAUAGAACUUGCCUUUAUGAAUACAUGGUCAAUAUUACAUUAAUAUAAUAUUCCAGAAAUCACAAUAUGGUAAACCCUCUUUUUGUGGCAGAAAAUAUUUCCUGAUGGGGUAAAGACAUUGUCAUGCACAAAGCUUGUGAUGUGACCGAUUCAGCCAGCCCAAUAGCAAAAGCAGCUAAGUCGCCAUACUUCAGAUUCCAGUUCACUUGUUUUUUAGAACAGACCUCCUCAUGGGCAUAUCCCUUUUAUUUAUUACUCUCACUUGACUAAUUUUGUAAUUUCUACACUUUUUUUUUUUUUGCUGCAGGAAGACAUAAAUGGGCUAAUAUAGAGGUAAUGUAUCAGCCAUAAUGCAUAGAAGCCAUGUUUGGAAUAAUUUGAGUGAUUUGCAAAUGUUUUUAAACAGUUUCUUCAUUGUUCCACCACACUAUCAAAGCUAUCCCAACUAGUCAUUUCAGCUGAGCCAUUUUUUUUAUUUGUUUUGCCUCUCUGGCAUUGUUAGAAAUUUCUGGUUUGAGGAGUCAGGUUACUGCAGGCCCUCCACAAGACCUUUUUAUAUCAAGAUCUUUGUCAUAUGCAAAGUACCCUUUUGUGCUACUGUUUCUAACCCCUUGCCAGAAGAACACAUGGCUUUUGAGUAAAAUGUUCAGCAGAAGCGCUUUGCCAUUAAUAUGUACUUUUAAUUGUACUAGCAAAGUGGUUCUAUGUAUUGUACUAUUAUUACAAAUAAGUAUAGCUGUCUUUGUAAAUGUGGUUACUAUAUAAACUGUUGCUGGCACUCUUCUAACCUUGGCUGUGGGUGGGGCAUUUUUUGCUGAAUGUAAUUGUAUUGCAAUAUAUUUAUUGAAAUGUAAUUUAUGUUGUAUAGGAUGCUGCAGCAGAGUUUUAUAGUCGGGUUCAUGUUUUUUUUUGUUUUUUUGUUUUUUUUUGUUACUGGGUGGGGUCUUUGUAUGUUUUGACACACACAAAAAAACCCUGACUGUGAAAUCGCUGCUUAGGAUGGUGUGGGGGGUGGGCAGCCUCUUCCUGCUGCUCCUCUUCAGGAGUCUACAUUGGCGCUGUACUCUUGUGCAUGCACAACAGUACCUAUGCCUAUAAAAUGUGUUCUGUCUUUACGGAUUUCAAUUCAGACCUGCAAUGUAUAUUUUACAUAAGUGUCUCUAAAAAGAAGAGGCAUGGUUAACAUAUGAAUAUUUGACUGUUUCCAGCUUAUAUCCCCUCAGGCAGGCACUUUCCUAAAGAGCAUUUUCCAUUGUGAACAAAAAACUAUAUGGCCAUUAAGUCCACGUAUGCUAGCCCUCAUUUCACGGAGACAAAAUCUGAUGCUCUCGGCUAGUGAAUGAAUUGUGAGAUGAGCAUUCAGCUUUUGCCACACUACGGAAACUAAAUGUAGCUAAGCCACAUCUGUGGGAACUUGGCGACUGAUGUGUUGGGUUGAAAAAUUAUUUGCUCUAUUACUGGGAAGCAGCACCAGGGUACCCUUAGCAUCAUAACCUCUGGACUGUCAGAGUAACCCUAUAAUGUUGCAAACCCAUUUCACAAUCAAAUAGUAAAAACUUUUUUUUUUUCUUUUUUUUUGUAUCUUAUAAGUGGGGGGGGGGAGGGGGAAGGGGGAGUGGGUUCCCUCCAUGAGUUCACAUGACCAAUAUAUUGUUAUACUCUUUGCAGUUCAGGCAGAUUAGCUGUUAAUUUUAAUUUUUAUUAGUGAAUCAUUCUUUGCUUGCUUUUUUUGUUUCUUUUUAGCAAGGCACAACAAAAUAAAUAUAAAGUUGGAUUAAAAAAAAGUAGCAAUAUAAUUAUGCAAAAGCCACGUGCCUGCAAUUAUACUUAUAGCUUGCUAUGUUCCACCCACGCUCCUGCAGUUUGCCACCGACAUAGAAUUUGACAUAUAUGACUCCAAAUUAUAACUUACUUCUUGAUGGCACCAUAAGCCAUCAAGAAGUAAAGUCACUUCUUGUUUCUUUUGUGCAAGGCCAUGUAAUGAUAAAGAGCUGUUUGCUUUGAUUAGUGCAUUCGCAAAAUACCCCAAAGUGCCAAAUGUUAAAGGGACACUCCUGACUCCUAAAGCACUCCAACUUAAUGAAGUGUUUUCUCUUUCAUUUUACAAAAGUACAGAUUUCAUUAGAAAUGUACCCUUUUAAAAAUGAAUCUUGUUACAUUCCCUGGCUGGCAACCAGACCACCAGUCCUGUUGCUUCAUGGUUGUACCUGUCUUUUAACCCCUUAAGGACACAUGGCAUGUGUGACAUGUCAUGAUUCCAUUUUAUUCCAGAAGUUUGGUCCUUAAGGGGUUAAAGACUUCUCAUUGGGCUGUGUUUGGAAGUCUGUUAUUGGACAGCCACAGAAUAUAUGGGCUGGGAAAAAAGGGGAGAACUUGCAAAAACUGCAGACAAGAGAUCUGCAGCUUUUGCAAGCUGUGUUUAGAUAUACUUCCAAUAAAAAUAUGUAUGCAUGGUUUAUUUUGGAUAUAUCUAGUAAACUGUAAUACAUCUUGAAUAGUUAAAGGCACACUCCACUUCCCAGUUAAAAUAAAAGGACUGUAAGAUAUUUGCUUAUAAGCCCAAGAAUUUCUGCAUUUUACAUGGCAUUUUAUAAUUUCAUCUAAAAGACAUUCUGCUUUUGGAAAUCUAUUAUAUUCUAUCACUGAUAGUUCUCCUUUAUUGGAGGAGACCUGACUGAUAUUCACUCUUGUUAUAUAAUGCCUCUUAAACUUCAAUUCACAUUAAAUCCUCUAAUCUUGUGUUUACUGCCCCCCCCCUCCCUCCCCCCAUCUGUAUAUUAGGAGUGUAAUGGUAAGGUUUGUUCUCUGUAUCUGACUCCAGGAAAGACCAUUUAUUUUCACUGGCAUUGGAUCAAUGGGUAUAAUACACUUUUCAAGUAGAUUGCAUGGAAAAGAUCUAUUUGAAAGCCUCUUUGCUUUCAGUGACUUAGUACCAAUGAUUGCAGCAGUUGUAAAAGAUAGCUUAAAGGAACACUAUAGUCACCUAAAUUACUUUAGCUAAAUAAAGCAGUUUUAGUGUAUAGAUCAUUCCCCUGCAAUUUCACUGCUCAAUUCACUGUCAUUUAGGAGUUAAAUCAUUUUGUUUCUGUUUAUGCAGCCCUAGCCACACCUCCCCUGGCUAUGAUUGACAGAGCCUGCAUGGAAAAAAAAACUGGUUUCACUUUCAAAUAGAUGUAAUUUAUCUUAAAUAAUUGUAUCUCAAUGUCUAAAUUGAACUUUAAUCACAUACAUGAGGCUCUUGCAGGGUCUAGCAAGCUAUUAACAUAGCAGGGAAUAAGAAAAUCUUAAUUAAACAGAACUUGCAAUAAAGAAAGCCUAAAUAGGGCUGUUUACAGGAAGUGUUUAUGGAAGGCUGUGCAAGUCACAUGUAGGGAGGUGUGACUAGGGUUCAUAAACAAAGGGAUUUAACUCCUAAAUGGCAGAGGAUUAAGCAGUGAGGCUGCAGGGGCAUGUUCUAUACACCACAACUGCUUCAUUAAGAUAAAGUUGUUCAGGUGACUAGUGUCCCUUUAAUCAUUUCCUCUUGCCCACAUUCAUUCAAUCACGCCUGAAGUUUUUCUUUACUUUUUGCCACAAUCACCUGACUGCGUUGGAUUGGGUAUUUUUUAUUCAUUUUUUUUUUAAAACAUUUUUUUUUUUAGUGAGUUUCAAAUCAUCUUCACCUUCCAGUGAGCAGUGUGACCAGUCCGAUAUGAGCCGCAGGCGCCUUAAAGAAGGCCCCUCGUGCAGAGCAGGGGGUUGGAGUGAUGGCAGGUUCUUUUUUUUAUUUUUUUUUAUUUUUUUUUCUGCAUUCUCAGACUAGUCACAGACUGCCCUGCAUUCCCAUUUGUGGAUGUCAUCAGGAGGCGCACUGCAUUCCUCAUCUCAAGCUAACACUUCCUGUCUGUGAUUGUAUUUGUGACAUGUCUGUACUGAGUAUAUCACAUCUGUUGCUGCUUCUUGCAAAACAUUUUCAAAACUGUGUUUGUGUGCACUGUCCAGAGGCUUUCUAUAAAGUAACUAGGCUUGUGUAUGUGUCUACAUCAAUUACCAGUGUAUACAUACACAAAUAAAACCUUGAGCCAUGGGAGGUGUGAUUUGUUAUAUUUUAUAGUGUAUCAUUUCUGAGAGCCAAAUAAGUGAGCUCAUUGCAUACUGAAAUCUCCUCCUACAGCUUUGGUGAUAACUGUGUAUAGAAAGGGAAAAGAGGAAGACUGUAGUGGCUGAGAACCUCUCUUUAGUGAGGCUAUAUUGCUAACUUUAUUCUUUAAAAUUCCAUAAACAAAUUAAUCCAUUGGUUCUGAUGUGCAUAUCACCUCUAGAACAUUAAAGUCUGCACGGUAAUCUGUUUUAUAGUUGCUAAUAUAAACACUUCCUUUACAGAGAAAACUAGUGUUUGCCGCUAGAGGUGCUUCUGGGCAGUAAUGCAGUCACUCCGCCACUAGAGGUGCUUCUAGGCAGUAAUGCAGUCACUCCGCCACUAGAGGUGCUUCUAGGCAGUAAUGCAGUCACUCCGCCACUAGAGGUGCUUCCUAGUUAGGUUAUGGUCAGCCCCCUGUUGGGCCUUCUAAGUAGUGAGAAAAUGAAUAAUUCUCAAGUUCUUUACUCUAAAGCUUGUUACCAUUAGUCAAUGGCAGUAGGGUGAUUGGGAAAUUUGAGCUUCCUAUUAACUAAUUUUGUUAUAGGAGCAUGUAAGUGCCGUACUUUUUGCAGUAAACCUUGUUUUUUGUUUGCUUUUUUUUUUUUUUAUAGAUAAGGCAGUGUUUACAUUAUAGCCUUGGGACACCUCUGCUGGCCACUCCUUACAUGACUACUAGAGGAGCUUCCUGGUGUAGUGAUGCACAGCGUGCCAUUCAGUGUUCCACCCUCUGCAUGGAGACACUGAACUUUCUUAUAGAGAUGCAUUGAUUCAAAACAGUGUGAAUAGAUGGUGAUUGUCCAGAGCUGUAUUUGGCUUGUGCUGGCUCUGCCCCUGAUUUUCCUCCUUGGCACUUUCUGCCAAGCCAGUGCAUUCCUAUGGGAAAGUAUUGUGAUUGGUUCAGAGAAUCAGAUGAUGUCAGCCAGGGGGGCUAGAUGGUGUUUUUAACACUAUAGGGUCAGGAUUACUUUUAAUCUUAGGAGAGCUUCCAGUUUGGAACAUAUAUUAAGAUAUCAACAAUUUUUUUCAGUAUUUGUUAAAUAGAAGGCCUUAGUGUUAAGUACCAUAGAACGUUCGGUACUGACAUUUUAUCUGAAUGACUGUUUGUAUCUUGCAUCCUACUAGUGCCCCUUUCCUGUGCAUGCUGCAGUUAAAAUAAGAAAAAGGAAGUGAGUAGAGAUGAACAGUAGUGGCAGCAGUCGACUAGAUGUGUCAUGCUGUACAAGUUUGUAGUACAUUUCCUUGUGAACAAAGGAGUUAAAAGCUGAACAUGGACCCCUUGUAGAUAGCCUUUUUAAAUUAAUAAUACAGUUCCUUUUUGCUAUUAGGUUUAUUUUACAUAUUCUCUUUAGUGCAAGAAGGGUGAGAAAUUGAUUUUCUGCACACAUUGCUCUUUUUAGCAGUGAUUUGUGCACUUUUUAAUAGGAUACUUCAGGUCGACUUCUUCUAUACAUAAAUUAUUGAAGACCGUGCUAAGGUGGAGUGUGCACAGGAUGUUUAUGUAAAAAACAAAACAAAAACUUCCUCUUUCCAAGGCAAUAUCAGAACACCACAAUUUGGUCAUAUACUUGUGCAUCUACUAAAAUUCGCCAUGAGUACGCUCAGUCAUUCCUUCCAUAGUGUUGUAUGGUCUCCUUAAAGCGAAACUCCAGUGCCAGGAAAACAAUCCGUUUUCCUGGCACUGCAGGUCCCCUCUCCCUCCCACCCCCCAAUCCCCAGUUGCUGAAGGGGUGAAAACCCCUUCAGUAACUUACCUGAGGCAGCGACUAUUUCCCACGUCGCUUCUUUCUCCCCCCGAGCCGCUCCUUCUAGUGAUUGCGUCGGCCAGUGGGCGAGACUGAUCCCACCCACCGGCCGGGGAGACCUAAUGCGCAAUGACGCGCACGCGCACUAGCGCUCCCCAUAGGAAUAUAUAUAUGUGUGUAUAUCUAUCAGAACCAUAGUAGUUAAAUUUGCUAGCUGCUGGGGUGUGUAGAAAAAUGUGACAUUACAGUUUUAAUUGUGUGAACUUAGAAACUUUACAAACGAGAAUUUCACAAACCAUUGUGAAUUAAUUGAAUCCAUUUCUAGUAAAAUUCAUAAAUAUUGUGAUAAAAUGUGAACAUGAUAUUGGUGCAGGUAAUAAUGAUGUGGACCGAUGGGGGUUAUUCACCAAAGUAUGAAUGGUCAGGAAUUCAAAAUACAUUUCUAAAUCUUGCUGGAAUAAAGGCAAACUGAAAAAAUGUUCUUGCCCUCAGUUUAAAUCUAUUAAAUCUGAAAUUAACUGUGAAUUCACAAGGGUUCAGUGUCUUUGCAGUUUAUGUGGAUCGUGUACAUAUUCCGUAAAGAUUUUUUGAUAGAUCACAUUAUGGACUGAGUGUGGUAAUAGCAACGUAAUGCGUUAGAUGAGGAUAAUCUGUAAAGCAGUUUUUCAAGAGUACAUUUUCAUCCUGUACUAAACAGAAUAGACUGCUGUAUUCCUUAACAGGAAGAAGGCUGGUCAAAAAGAAGAAAGGAUUGUUUUUGAGGUAGGCUGGGGGCCCUUCACCAACUCCAUGGAUAGCAUUUGUAAUUAUUAGGCCCUUCUCAAUUAUGCCAGUACAAAAGAAAGCUUCUUUGAUCAGUUUCCCAUUGUAUUAUGCCUUAACCCAGGGAUUCAAGACAAUCUAUAACAAUGGUAUCACUCACCAAGGCUAAUCGUGUCUUCUUAUAGUACACUAAAAAGAUAAAAGAAAACAAGCCUUCAAAUAUCUUCUUUAGUUGCAUUCGUCACUGUGGCAAAAAUCUAUAGUACUUUUCGAUGUUGUUGAUCCUAUAUAUCCAUAAGUAUUCAAUAUUGUUGAUGCUCCCCCAAUCUUUGCUGGCACUUGAGAUGGUAGCAUGUCUUUUACUCGUUCCCAUGUGUCAGACCUCACUGCACGGUCACAUGUCCAUUAUUUACACUCUGUUUUGUGUGUUUGGAUAUAUAAGUAGUGUUACUUGUUCACUUGUACCCUGUCAGAUCUUCAGUUUGUUCUCUGCUGUUUCUUCGAACAUAAGGAAUUGUUCUGAGUCAUUGCUCAUCUAAGCAGUCUAAUCCCCAAACACAAGAGAAGCUGCUUUUGUGUUGAAUUUUGAAAAAGGUCAGUUCUAUAAGCAGAACGAGAGCUACUCAUUUCAACCCCUUCCUUCCCAGAGAGUGUUCUGUGCAAGCAAGCCCACAGGUUUUGUUAACUUGUUAUACAACAUUUUUCAUGUUAUGCAUAUUACUUUCUACAUCAGUAAGUAGCUGGUUACCCAAAAGCAGACCACUAGACCCUUUUUAACAGUAUUCCAUUGAAACUUACUAUUUAGUGCUGAUGCAUUUCAAAGCACAUCAUUUUGAAAAUGUAAAUGUGUUAAAGCAAAAACCAAACGUACAAUAGGCAAAGGUGAGCAGUGAGACACCUUUUUAAAUUGGAAUUUUGUCAAGCUAUUUCACUGUGACAUGGAUAUUUAUACUUCUCCAAACAUAAUCAUUGGCCAGUAUUCCCCCUCCCCCCUUUUGUAGAAGACAUUACUAGUUUAAAUCAAAGGGUAUUUAUUACAUUUUGAUACACCUGCUCAUUACAUUUGAUGUUAUAGUGGGAAAUUCCACAAAACCGUUGCAUUCUGUUAAAUGUCCAGAAUAAAGUUGGUACUUUUGUUAGAUACUUUAAAACACCAGCGCAACUUGUUUUUGUGAAAAGAAUGGUAGGCUGUAUUGUGACUUGAUCGGAAAUAAUCUGUAAAGCAGGUGGUAUCUUGCAGAGUAUGCAUCCACUCAGAAUUCUGUAUAAGUACAUGAAUGCAUAAGCAGGAGCAUAAGCUUUUUGCUAUGAUUGUGAAGAGUAGGCUUAGGGUCAACUUGCCAUGAUAGAUUCACUUUGUCACUUUGUGAGAAAUUAUAGAUUUACCGCUUUCGUAGCUAUUGUAUGUUAAAUUAUACAUUUAUUUGCUUUAGGAGCAGUUAUAGUAUUACCAUGGGUCCAUCACUCCAUAAUGCCAUGCUGCACCAAUCUGUAUCCCAUCAUAGAGAUUAGAGAUGCAUUUAAUCUAUGUGGAAUGCUUGAGUCCUCCGUGCAGCGCGUUGACACCGAAUGCCAGUGCUGCAUACUGUGCAGCACUGACACAGUCAGACGGCCACUAGAGGUGCUUCCUGUCACUAGAGGAGUUACUAGACACCAAUGUAAACACUGCCUUUUCUCUGAAACGUAGGGUUUACAUUGAAAAGCCUGCAAGGACAGACUAUAGACACCAGAGCGUGGAGACACUGAAUAUCGGUGCUGCACGCUAUGCAGCACUGGAUUAGGAAGCAUCUAUAGUGGCCUUGUGAGUGACUGCCACUAGAGAUGUUACUAGGCAGCCCUGUAAACACUACUUUUCUCUUUAAAGCGGCACUGUCAUGCCGAACUUACCUUUCCUCAAUCUCUUCCUCUUCUCCCCCUCUCUCAGGAUCUGUUAUUCUUUUCUUCCUGUCUUCUUUAGUUUUCUUUAAAAUCAUAAGACAAAGAAGGGACUCUUUGCCUUAUGGAGGAUUACUCCGCUUGACCAGCUCUGACCAGCGGAGGAGCAAAGUGUGCUUAAUUUCCGCUGGUCAGAGCAAUUUUCCCAUGAUCCUUAUCUUUCCUCUGUGUUCCCACAAUGCUUCCUGUCACUUUACACUAAACUGCCGAAUUGCGUUCUAACUGAAUGACAACAGUAUGUUCGUUUCUUUUAUAACGCAAUUCGGCACUUUAUUCGGAUCGGAAUUUCAUUCUAAUGAAUGAAACUCCGAUCCUAUUCAUGCUGUGGCUGCAUCUUGCAGCCGCUUAGUAGAUAGCUCCCUGAUACCGUGGGAAUUAGGGAGUUAUCUACUAAAAGGCUGAAAGACCUAAAUUGGUCUUUCAGCCACAUUUACUAAUGCUGAGUAAAGAUAACUUAGUAUUAGUAAAUUAAAUGCCCCUACUGUCCUCCCCCCCUGGCCCCCACCCCUGCGCGGUGGGUGGGGGCCCCAGUAAAACAAUAAGGGGGGGGACCUACUGUCCUCCCCCCCCCCCCCUGGCGGUGGUCUGGGGCCCUAAUAAAACUAAUGAAGUACUGUCCUCCCCGGCCCCCCACCCCCUGCUUGUGAUUGGGUGGGUAGAGCCUAAUAAAACAAUAAGGGGACCUACUGUCCUCCCCUGUGACCCCCCAACCUGCCCCUGGGGUGGGUGGGGCCUCAUCGUGGUAAGGGGGGACCUACUGUCCUCCUCCUCCCGGUUCCCACCCCUGGCCCGGUGGGUGGGGGCUAGAGAAAUAAAACAAUAAGGGGGGGACCUACCACAACCUCGGCCCCCCACCCCUGGCGGUGGGUGGGGGCCUAAUAAAACAAUAAGGGGGACCUACAAGAACUUUCCCAAGCUGUGUAAAAUGACACAGAGCACUCUGAGUUGAAAGCAAGCCACCAAUCAAGGUGUUUACAAACCUAAUUACAGAGAGGCGGGGCAAGGCUUUAUAAGCCUUGACCCGCCCUGCGGAGCUCAGUAUGCGGCGUGCCCUCGAAGGCGAACAUGGAUUAUUUUUUUUUGCGCUCGUUUUUUUUUUUUUAAAGUGCGACGGGUGUAAUGGAUUUUAUUUGGCCUUUUUGGGGGCUGAAGAAAGAAGAUUUUAGAAAAAAGAAGACGUCAAAUGGUAAGUUUAAUUUUUUUUUUUUACAGGUUGGUUAUUUUAUUCCCCCCCUCACUAUUUGUAGGGUGAGGGGGGUAGGUAGGGGAUAGGUUUUUUUGGGUGGGGGGGGUGGUGACUAGGGGCUUGGGACCCCUAGUCACCUUGAUUGGAGGGGUGUUUCUUUAGGGCCCCCACCCACACGGCUCAGGAGGUGGGGAGCCAGGGGAGGACAGUAGGUCCCCCGCCCCGUGGCUGGGGCUGCCCGCUCAGGGGGGAGGAAAGUAAGAUCCCCUUGUGUUUACUGGGGCCCCACCCACACUUCGAGGGAGGACAGUAGGUCCCCUUAUUGUUUACUGGGGCCCCACCCACAGCUCAGGGGGAGGACAGUAGGUCCCCCCCCUCCUUAUUGUUUUACUAGGGCCCCCACCAACCACGCAGGGGUGGGGGCCGGGGGGGAGGACAGCAGGUCCCCCCCCCCCUUAUUGUUUUAUUAGGGCCCCCACCCACCGCUCAGGGGUGGGGGCCGGGGGGGGGGAGGACAGUAGGUCCCCCCCCCUUAUUGUUUUAUUGGGGCCCCACCCACCGCUCAGGGGUGGGGGCCGGGGGGAGGACAGUAGGUCCCCUUGUGUUUACUGGGGCCCCACCCCCGCUCGGGGGGACAGUGGGUCCCCCUUGUUUUAUUAGGGCCCCCACCCACCGCUCAGGGGUGUGGGCCGGGGGGGGGGCGGGAGGACAGUAGGCUACAGGCUGCUCACUGUUUAGUAGACAUGCCCCUACUCACGGUAUAGCGAGUAGGGGCAUUUGGGAGAUUUUAAUCUCCCUUGUGCUAUUAUGGGGGUCAUAUUGACCCCCAUAGAGUGAGAGGGGGACCUGGGGGGGCUUAUGAAGUGGUGGGGAGCACUGCUCCCUGCCGCUUCUAUAGUUACAUAUUACAAGGAGGGAGCUGCAUGCCGGUAGCUCCCUCCUUGUAAUAACCUGCACGAACAAACAAACACUGAUACAUUGUGUUUGUUUGUUCGGCUGAUAUUUCUAUUCACUCAUUCGUCUGUCUGAUGAAUGAAUGAAUAGAUGAAAUUCCCGUUCGCAUGUCCAGGUGUUUCACUGGGCAUGUGCGGGAAUCUCACAGUCUGUCUAGUGUGGGCUGAUGACGUGUCCCACAGGGACUUCACCUACCCACACAAAGAUGGCGGCGCCCUGAAUCAAGAUCGGGGCAGAAAAUAAGGAUUAAAAAAUAGGUAAUGUGGGGGGCUUAGGGGCAUUUGGGGGUGACUAGUGGGUCAAUUGGAUGUAGUGGAGGCGGGAGGGGGGUUAAAAAAAAAACGGUAUUCGGCAUGACAGUGCCGCUUUAAUGGAGGUGUUUACAGUGCUGACACUGCAAGGAAAUGCUUUACACACGAGAACUACAUCAAGCUGUAGUGCUUCUGGUGACUAUAGUGUUCCUUUAACAAUUAUUUGAUUGCGCUGAAUUACUGUCUUACAUAAUGGAAAGUAAGAUUUCUAAACUACAGUCACAACAUUUCAGUUAACAAUAGUAGUUCCACUCCCUCUAGCAUGUAAGCUCAUUAGGCAGGGCCCUCAACCCCUCUGUUCCUGUGCAUCCAUUUGUCUGGUUACAGUUACGUGUCUGUUAGUCCACUCAUUGUAUAGCGCUAUGGAUUUUGCUGGCGCUAUAUAAAAAAAAUAGCAUCUGGUUACAAGUGCCUUUCCUGAGCAUACAUUAUUUUAGCGUUCACUAGAACCACAUCCCUGCUGUUUAGAUGUAAUUGCUUAGUGGUACUCAUUUUAUCAACUUCUUCUUAAAGGCUUACUUUGCUUAGAGAGGUCUUGGUCAUGUCCUUCUGAGAUGCUAUAGCUCUAGCUACUAAGCAGUUUCACCAACUCAGAGGACCUCUCAACCCCCUUAGCACCCUACCCCAGAACAUUUUGUUGGCAGUUUUGUUUAAAAAAAAAAAAAAAAAAAAUUCAUAAGGCUAUGAAAAGCAUUGCCAUGCAAGUAUCUUGCUUCUAUAUG